AUGGCUAAUCCUGGAGGGGGUGCUGUUUGCAAUGGGACUGUUCUCAAUCACAAGAAACAGAGCAAUGGCUCUCAACGUGGAAACUGCAGGAAGAAUGGCAUAGUAAAAGAAGCCCAGCAAAAUGGGAAGCCCUGUGUUCACAAGACCGCUAUUGAGCCCUUAGAGGAAGCGCCUCUCUAUACUUUGGUUUUAACUUACAUGGGCUAUGGAAUUGGAGCCCUGUUUGGUUAUCUGAGAGACUUCAUGAGAAACUGGGGAUUCGAGAAGUGCAAUGGAGCUGUAGAGAGAGAAGAACAAAAAGAUUUUGUGCCACUGUAUCAAGACUUUGAGAAUUUUUUUACCAGAAACUUGUACAUGCGAAUCAGAGAUAGCUGGAACAGGCCCAUUUGCAGUGAACCAGGGCCUUAUUUUGACAUAAUGGAGAGAGUGUCCGAUGACUACAACUGGACAUUCAGGUUCACUGGAAGAAUCCUCAAAAAUGUCAUCAACAUGGGCUCCUACAACUUCCUUGGCCUCACAGCCAGCUACAUUGAGCAAGUGAAGGAUGUUUUAGAUACAUACGGUGCAGGAGUGGGCAGCACCAGACUUGAAAUGGGUACCUUGGAUAAGCAUAAGGAGUUGGAAGCACUUGUGACAAAGUUUCUUAAUGUAGAAGCAGCAAUGGUCUUUGGGAUGGGAUUUGCAACUAAUGCAACAAAUAUCCCUGCACUAGUUGGAAAGGGGUGUCUCAUUUUAAGUGACGAAUUAAACCAUUCUUCUAUGAUCAUGGGAUCUCGGAUCUCAGGAGCAACCAUAAGAUGUUUCAAACACGACAAUCUAGAGAGCCUGGAGAAGAAUCUGAGAGAUGCUAUCAUCUAUGGCCAACCACGAACUGGCAGAGCUUGGAAAAAGAUUCUCAUCCUAGUGGAAGGCAUCUACAGUAUGGAAGGUACUAUUGUGAAUCUUCCUGGGAUUGUGGCUCUAAAGAAGAAAUACAAGGCUUACCUCUACGUGGAUGAAGCUCACAGUAUUGGAACUGUGGGCUCAAGUGGCCGAGGUGUCAGAGAAUACUAUGGAUUGGCCCCUGAUGAUGUGGAUGUAUACAUGGGCACAUUCAGCAAGAGCUUUGGAGCUGUUGGAGGCUACAUAGCUGGAAAAAAGGAAAUUGUGGAUUAUUUACGAAUACACUCACACAGUAGUACUUAUGCUACAUCCAUGAGCCCUCCAGUAGCAGAACAAGUCAUCCAGUCAAUGAAGUUCAUCAUGGGACUUGAUGGGUCCACGGAAGGAUUGCAGAGAUUACGGAAUCUUCACAGAAAUAUAAAAUACUUCAGAGGUAAACUGAAGGAAAUGGGAUUCAUUACCUAUGGCAACGAUCACUCCCCUGUCAUUCCUGUGCUCCUUUACAUGCCUAGUAAAAUAGCGGCUUUUGCAAGGCUUAUGUUAAAGAAAAACAUCGGGGUUGUUGUCGUUGGAUUUCCAGCUACUCCAAUGGCAGAAGCAAGGGCACGGUUUUGCUUGUCAGCUUUACAUACCCGAGAGGUAUUAGAUGAGGUGUUGGAAGCUGUUGAUGAACUGGGUGAUCUCCUGAACGUGAAAUAUUCCCGGCAAAAUAAGCUAAAGCACUCUGCACUCACCAAUGGGACAAGCUUUGAUGAGGAGGAGAGCUGUGAGGAGAUGAGCUUUGAACUUGAAGAUUAA